CUACUUGCUAAACGACAGCGCCGUUGGGGCUAGAGAUUAUUGAAUGGGAUUGGGAUUGGGAUUGUAGGGGUCCGUAGUACCAAAUCUUUCUCCGCGGAGACGGAGGUCCAUGAAAUCGGUGUAUGGAUCCUUGUUGAGUUUUUGUAGUUCACUUCACCACUCGAACCGUGUUUGUUACAUAUCGGAAACCAGUGGUGUAGUGCUGGUAGCCUAGGUGUUGUUCCUGUGCUGCGUGCAAUUGAGGAGAGAAGAACGAGGGAAUUGAGAGUGAGUCCGAAUCGGAGCUAUGGCUUCGUGGCCUUAUUUGAACUCGUCUACGAUGUUAUCGAAGCCGAAACAUCCGAAUCCCUCGUUUUGUCUCCAUGAUUUCCCCAAUCCACAGCAUUCCUCAUCAUCAUUCUCAUUCACCGCCUCUCCCAUUGCUGCUGUAAAUGCUGCUACACGCCGAUGUAGGCAAACAAAUCGACGCUCUUCUUUGAUUUUGGCAUCAACGGAUAAACCUCGGGAGCCUUUGAAAAUUAUGAUAUCUGGAGCUCCUGCUUCUGGUAAAGGAACACAAUGCCAGCUAAUUACUAGUAAAUAUGAUUUGGUGCACAUUGCAGCAGGAGAUUUACUGAGAGCAGAAGUUGAAGUGGGAUCUGCAAAUGGUAAGAAAGCAAAGGAAUAUAUGGAGAAAGGACAGUUGGUUCCAGAUGAGAUAGUUGUCAUGAUGGUGAAGGAUCGUUUGUCACAACCAGAUUCUGCUGAAAAAGGUUGGCUUUUAGAUGGAUACCCAAGAAGCUCAUCACAAGCAACUGCACUUGAAGCCUUUGGUUUCCAUCCAGACCUUUUUAUUCUUCUUGAUGUUCCUCAGGAGAUUCUGGUUGAUAGAGUGGUUGGGCGUAGGUUGGAUCCUGUUACUGGUAGAAUAUAUCAUUUGACAUAUUCACCCCCCGAAACUGAAGAAAUUGCUGCAAGGCUCACCCAACGUUUUGAUGAUACAGAAGAAAGAGUAAAGCUACGGUUGCAAACACAUAACCAAAAUGUAGAAUCAGUCCUUUCCAUGUUUGAAGAUAUUACAAUCAAGGUGGAUGGAAGUCUCCCGAAGGAGAUUGUGUUUGCAAAGAUCGAUAGUGCACUCUCAGAUCUUAUCCACCAAAAAAAGAAUGCUAUAUUAGGAACCACAGCUACAUAAAGCAAAAAUAUAUAUACCAGAUUAAUAAAAACCAAUGUAUUUGAGACAUUGUUGUUGUGUAAUUCAUUCAUUAUGAUGUUAUGGAGAUGUUCUUUUUAAACACAAUCAAAAGAUUGUAUUUGAGAUA